AUGGCGAGGGUGUUUUCAUUGUCGUGCCUCGUCUUCGGGCACAUCGAUGACCAACAUGCCACCACGCUGUAUAGCGUUUCGGACGGCACGCGCCGCCCCUGCGAGGAGAUGGAGGAGGUGCUGCGCGGCAAGCGGAGCUGGGUGACAUCGCGCGGCUGGCUGCUCCUCUGGGACUCGGCGACGCUCGCCACCAUCCUGUGGAACCCGCGGGCCGCCGCCUCUGAUGGUGACAAGAUCGCGCUGCCGCCGUGGGCUUCGCCGCCGGCGUCAGGCACCGACGGCGCGCUGUCUGGUGAGCCCACGGAUCCCGGCGGCUGCACGAUGGUCGUUCUCGAGCGGUAUAGGUCGAGCUCGGAUGAAACGACCAUGUGGUACUGCCACGCCGGCGGCACGCCGUCGCCGUGGGACAGGUACGUGUACGACCUGGGCGGCGUGCGAACCCCGUGGGGCAAAUUCGCGAAGCGGUUCAUGUCUGGCCUCGCGGCGUGCGGCGGCAAGUUCUACUGGUCGGUCAGGGCGGCCGAGUACGGCGUGCCCAGGACGAAAAACGAGAGGGGGAGUAGGGGCAAAUGCCUUGGGCCAAGUGGAGCCAUCGUUGACAUCGCCGUCUACAGGGUGGAUCUCGCGGGCAAGAGGUUUAUCAGGGUGGGCAGCAUUGGCGACCGGGCCAUCCUCGCCGGCGGCUCGAGCUACGCUUUCGCAGGCUGGUGCCCGGCCAACGAGUUUGGGCAGCUGCCCAACAGCGUGUACUGGAUACACCCCUACGACGGCCGCAUGUACGUGUACGAAGUUGGAUUCAAUACGGAGGAAGGGGGCGUACCUAGCCGCCUCCUCUCUCCCUCCCUCCCGCGCGCCUCCUCUCCUCCCCCCGCCUCCCGCAGCCACAUCGCCGCCGCCGCCACCCGCCUCCCCACUCGGGCGAACCCCUCUCCUCUUCCCCCGCCUCGCCUCUCUCCCUUCCCCCGUCCAAACCCUAGGCCCGCGCCAGCCGGCCGCCGCCGCCGCCGCUCGCCCAGGCCAUCCUCCCGCUGUGAAGGAAGCGGCCAGAGAGGAAGGGCGUCGCCGGGUGUGCGCGUGCCUCCGCGGAUUCGUGCCACGGUUGCCGGAGGCGUGGGCGCCGCGGGUCAACCGCACCGGGGAGGAUGGGGGCGCCACAAGCCUCGUCGGAGGUCGCCUCUCCAGAUCGGUGGAGGCCAAGGGCAAGGGCAAGGAGGAGGGGAGAAGAAGACCUUCGGCCAGCUGCGGGAAGCCGCCGCUGGCGUCCUCCGCGGUAUCCACCGGCGCCGGUGGCGGGCAGAAGCGCAAGUGCCACGACCACGCGCACUCCGAGAACGUCGCCGGCGGAAAGUACGGCGCCUCCGGUGGCCGCUGCCACUGCUCCAAGCGCAGGAAGUCCCGGGUUCGGCGGAUGACUCGCGUGCCGGCAAUCAGCACGAAGGCGGCAGAGAUCCCCGCGGACGACUUCUCGUGGCGCAAGUACGGCAGAAGCCGCCUGUGGAGAAUGCCCUGGACUCAUCAGUUGACGCAACUCGGUUGAGCUGCGGUGCACUAUAUUUAGCUGAUUUUAUUGGGAAGUGGUGGAACCAGGGAGGUGGGAAUAAUUUCAGUAUUAAAACUGUGGGGGAAAGCAGACACGUAGGCGGGCUCUUCGGCGGCCGCGAGAACUACGACAAGCGCAUGCACUGCCUGUCCAAGGAGGAGGUCGUCGUGCAUGCGCGGAUGCGUCGCCGGGCCCAGUUCUCCUGCCGCACCUUCCGCAACAUCAUCGUCCUCUCCAUCAUCACUGAGGAACAUUAUUUAUCGAGUUUUGGAUCAGAUGCGGGGAUUUCUCCUGAACUCCACCGCCUCAAGCUGUCGUAGUUGGUGUUGUCCGUGCUGGAUUCGAUUGACCUACCAUUGUCUGCUACCGUGAGAGGUAGGUCCGCUGCGGGUGCUCGUGCUUCUGGUUGAUUCGUCCUGCUGCGCCGGUCUUUGUUCUGCAGGGCCAUGUCUGUUGGUGCCACGAAACGGCCGUGGCACUGCUUGUGUGAGCCACGACGGCGCUACCCGCGCGCCUGCCCCGAAACGCUGCCGCGAGCCGAGCCGCCGGCGUUCAUCUGGAGAAGCGCGGGAAGAAGAAGAUGGGUUAGAUGUUCAACGAAAUGAUUCUUCGGCAUCCAAGCUAGGUUUAUAUGGCAUCAAAGGCCACGGCGCAUGCUGUACUGACAGAUAGUUCAGUCCAUCGUAACCAUAGUGCCCUCACCAUAACAUGAACAACAGAGGGCCGGUGCGCUCACCAUGACCUUGAUGGCACAACGGAAGUUCGAGUCCUCUGUAGAGAAGCAUCCAGUGGCGGAGGCUAUGAGGUUGCAUUCUUAUUUCUCCUAGGACUAUGUUUAAACAUUCAACAACUCCGGCCAACAUAUGAAACAAGGCCAAGUCUCGCAUGGGGAUGUAGCCCAUCCUCUGCUUGCUUCCAGCAUGGCGCCAGCCGGAUCCACCUCGGCCACAACCACGACACCGACAUUGGCAGCCAUGUGCUUCUUCUCCAUCACCACAAAAUGAGAAUGCAAGGCACAAGCAAGGGAAGACCAUCGCUUCGCUCCUCUGGGCCGCCGCUGCUCCAACCCUACUGGACGCCAUGCAAGUAACUUUUUCCCGCCUUGCUGGAGGAGAUGAAGCACAUGGCAAAGCAGGAGUUCAUUGCGCACUUAAGAAGAGGAGGCGUCCUGGAGCGCGGUGGAGGCAUUUUGGGCGUGGAGCAUGGCCCGGAGAGAGGCCUUGCGGUUCCUGGAGCCUAGGGAGGCCAUGCGAGAAACCUGGGGCAGCAAGGUACUGCCUCUUGCUGCUCCUCCCCCAUGUCUGUAGCUCGCCUGGAGCUCCCCCAUGCCUUGAGCUCGCUAGAGCAGAGGCCUGCGGAGCGCUCCCUGGGGCAAGGCCUGGGGCGAUCUGCAGGGAGGAGCAGAGGCCUGGAGCUGCGGGGAGAAGAGGUCUGGAGCUGCAGGGAGGAGCAGAGGCCUGGAGCCAGCGGCGAGAUCUGGAGGCGACGACGCGAGGAAGGAGCGAAUCACGAGGGAGAGGGAGGAGCGGAUCGCCAACUUUUGAAUUGUAUAAGGAUGUAAUUGAAAAAUGAUGUUUAGUUCAAAAUGUGUGUUCGUUGCGACAGAUAUUUCGGGACGGAGAAAGUACUAUUGACAUAGAUACACUUUAUUUAUCAAGGAUUUUUGUAUAUCAUAUUAUCACAGGAAAA